AUGUCGGCUGUUUUGAGUGAGUUUGCUCACCUUAUCGGUGCCGUUAUAUCUGGCGGAUAUAUUGUCUGGUCUAUUGUCGAGCGCGUCUCACUGAAGUAUAUUAAUCGUGAUCUGACCCCCUUUGCGGCCUACUCUUCGCUAUGGAUUGCCGUUGUCCUCGUCCCUUUCUUCAUAUAUAUCCGCAACCGGCUGUACUACCUCCGUGGCAGUCGCAUGCAUGACUGCAAGCCCGCCAAAGUGUAUCCGCACCGCGAUCCUAUCCUGGGCCUGGAUAUGCUGUUUAUUAUGCUCAAGGCUGUGAGGGAGCAUAAGGUUUUAAGUAUAUGGUAUAGCCUUUUCCACUCUAUUGGCAGCACUUACUGGACCCUUACCACUGGCAAAUGGGUUCUCAUGACCUGCGAGCCGGAGAACAUCAAGGCUCUACUGUCGACGCAGUUUGAAUCGUGGCCGCUUAGCCCGAUCCGCAAGAAGGGUUUGGAGGAAGUUCUUGGUCCGCAUGCCAUCUUCACCGUAGACGGGCCGGAGUGGCAGCAUGCCCGUGCCAUGAUCAGACCCAGUUUUGUGAGGAGACAGAUUACAGACCUAGAGUACAUGGACAGGCAUGUUGAAAACUUCCUCGAUAGGCUGCCUAAGGAUAGCUCCAAGUUUGAUAUACAGGAACUGCUCUAUCUCUUUACUAUGGAUGUAUCAACUGACUUUAUGUUCGGACAUUCAACCAAUAUGCUCACCAACCCUUCUAAGGAGGCCCUUGAAUUUACUAACUCAUUUGACUAUAUGCUCUAUGCUGCCGCGACACGCGGCCGUCUCGGCUGGCUCUUGCUGCUAAUGCCCGACAAGAGGUUCAGGGAAUGCAUUAAGGUGUGCAACAGCUUUAUAGAUCGUUAUGUGGCUGAUGCCAUUACCCAAGACAAAGAAAAAGAACGUUCAUAUGUUUUUAUGUACGAGCUUAUCCAAUCUGGAGCAUCUCCAAGAAUGGUGCGGGAUCAGUUAAUGGCCUUGAUUCUGGGUGGCCGCGACACAAGCGCCAGCACUAUGACAUCGCUUUUCUGGAUACUAGCUCGACGACCUGACGUGGUGAAGAAGCUAAGGAAUGAGAUUUCUGACUUGAAUGGUAGGAAGCCGACAUGUGAGGAGCUGAAGACUUUGAAGUACCUUAAUAUGGUAUUGAAAGAAGGUAUAACGAUGAGUCAUUUCCCUCAGUUCUGUUUCCCGAGAAAUAUGCUGACUUGCAUUGUAGCUUUGAGACUCUGGCCACCUUUGCCUUCUAAUAUGCGCACUUCCAAUAAGGAUAUAGUCCUCCCUAAGGGUGGUGGCCUGGAUGGCCAAAGCCCUGUAUUCGUCCCUAAGGGCACUGAUUGCCGCUUCUCUACUUAUAGUCUGCAUAGGCGGAAAGACUUAUACGGUGAAGACGCUGAGGAGUUCCGACCUGAAAGAUGGGAGUCUCUUCGACCAUCUUGGGAGUAUAUCCCCUUCAGUGGCGGACCGCGUAUAUGCAUCGGACAGCAAUUUGCCCUAACUCAGAUGCUGUACUUGAUUGCGAGAGUGCUCCAGCACUUUGACCAGAUUAAGCCAGCUGAUAAUAAUCCCAUGCUACAGAAGGCAGGCACGACGAUAUCCAUGGUUAAAGGGUGCUGGAUUUACUUGACGCCACCUUGA